AUGGCAACAUCCGAGAUUGCGAGCUAUGAGCUUGGAAAAAGUGCAAAAUGUGAAGCUCGCGUUGCCGUUCUGUUCAAGUUUCAUCAAUACAUUUUCCCGGGCGCCUGGACUGGUGAAAACGGACUGGUACUUGGGAUGCCAAAAAAAAACCUGAAUUCCACCAUUAUCGAUACCCUAACUGCGGCUUUCUUCCGAAACACAUCAUCCAAUCGCUACCAGUACUUGGAUGACUUUAAGUCCAGUGUCAGAAAGGAUGACCGAAAGGAGCUACCAAUAGCAACGGUAGCCCUCAUCGCAACGGCUUCGCUCUUUAUGAAUGGCGGAAUGGAAAAAAGAGUAGAGUCAAGUUUGAAGGCAAUACCUUUAUUGCCAUCUAUCUCCACCCUGCAACAACGCUUCGGCAAACGAAGGAAGACAGCCCAACUGGGUACCACGAAAUUACGGCGGAGUUAUUCUCUCGCGUUGCUACGGCCUGUCAGGGUCAUCCAUGGUCAUCAAUUUUGUUUGCUAGUUGUUGGCCACCGAUUGCUCCGUAUUCCCGUUCAUUUUUCCCAAUCCGCAAUGCCUGAGGAGCUCGCCAAAGAAGAUGGAAUUGACACAAUCAAAGUGCGACCGCGGGUCUCACAGAGUACUACUACGCAGUCCCGGGGAAACGGUGUUCGAACAGUACUUUUAUUCGACGGAGUCGUGCUCCCGCCUCCACGGCGUGCUCCAGCACGUACUGAUGGCAGAAAACUUCGCCCUCGCCAGAAAGUUGUCAGCGAACGCACGAAAGGAAUACGAGAUGGAGCAUUAGGAGAAGACAGGUCUUCACCUGGAUCUGAUUUGGACUAUCGCGGCGACUCGGACAGUGACGAAGAUGAUUCCGAUUCGGACGAAGAGGAAUACAACCUCCCGACAAAGAGAAAAGUUGGAGAGUCAACCCACCUGCCGCUAUCUAAAAAGAAACGUAAAACCGACAGGAAGAAAUAUGAGUCUCAGUCGACGAAACGAACGCAGCAAGCAGCAAACCCGCCUCCCCGUGCGCCCCAUCGGGAACGCCUGGUUGCUCGCGCUGUCAUUCCUCCUCUCAACACUGUUCGCCUUCCUGGCAAAAUGCGAACCGGCUUCGUUUUCCUUGACAACCACUGCUGCGAUUGUGCCAGCGUGCCAUCUCGAUCUCACAAACGCUGCCAGGUCCUAACAUUCUAUGGGUUUUAUUAUCACUCAGAACUGGAGCUCGUUAUAUGCCCCACCCACAACCGCGGAGUCACCCCUGACCUUUGGCUUUCCCAUGUUCAGCAGAGCCACACCGAUCUCAGCGGUCAAGCCCGUGAAAAACGCCACAUCCUGCCGAUGAUCCAGCACGUUGCGGAGAGCUUUGGCCUCAUUUCUUCAACAAGUGACCUAAAUCUCCCCAGCAGCAUAUCACAACCAAUUACCGUGAUCCUUCCAUACGACGGCGUUCGUCCCUCAAUUGCAGGACGUUUUCCGUGUCCAGUUUCAAACUGUGGCGAUUGGGCCACUGUCAGCUACGGCAAAACAAUGAGUUAUCAUCAUCAAUUGUCAAAACAUAUUCAAACUAAACAUGGGCAGAGCAUACGAGACUUCCCUGGUGUUGCAAAAUCUCCUCUCUGGACCCAGAUGUUGAUGCUGCGCCCAAAGGUCUACCACGUCUUUCGCCUACCUCCUGACUGGUCCCCUCCAGGCGUAACCCAAAUGACUGAACCCAUCGAACCUGCCAUCGCUGCUGAUCCUCCAGCCCAUUAUCAGGAAGCAGCGGCUCUGGCUCAAACUCAGGCACCUUGGAUGAAAACCAUCGGAUGGUUCGCUUAUCGAGAAGCAUGUGGGAAUCCAAGCUUUGGUUCCUUGUGGGCUUUGACUGCCAUUCCAAGCAAAAAAAGCAUCGGGAGGGGGGGUCGAAAAUGGCUGGAAAGCGGCCUUCAUCAAAUCUUUGAAUUUUGUUUUGAAUAUCUUGUCAACGCCGAACAGUUUCUAGCAACCUGUCACGAAGGUGUACGGGAUGCAAUCACAUAUAAGAGUGAACGCGGGCACUUUAGGACAUUGACAACAGGCAAAUACCGAGAAUACUCCAGAGCGUUAAGCCGUACCAUUGCACUAUCAAUGAGGCUACUGCACCAGAACAUUCACCGUGGAUCUGGUGCAGGCGCCAUCUCACUGCUGCUGGCAGGGAACCAGCUUGAAGGUGCUCUUAACCUUUAUACCGCCAUUAUCAAAGCGCGGGGACUCCCAGACCCUGAACUGCCAGAUGUCGUCCAUAAAUUCUGCGUAACACUGUUGAAACCAGGGGAUCUGUCGCCCAGCGACGCCCUUGCAUGCCCCACCGAUCAAGUCCUUUUCUUGCUCGGCGUUCGGCCACAAGAAAUGUAUGCCCCUGCGAGCUCCGUCAAAUCAACGUGCUCAGCCCUCCAGCAUUGCCUACGCAGCGUCAUGAUCCACAUUGUACGUCAAAAGUAUGCUAAAUUGAACACUUUUAAGUGGUAUGAGGCCACAAAGCCCCUGGAAACCAACGCCGAUGCCUCGAACACAGAAUUUGCUGAAGAAGCUCCCCCUCAUCCUGACGACUCUGAAGAUGAAAAUCUCAGUACGGAUGAAUUUCAAGAAGAAUAUAUUAUACAAGACAGCGAGGAUGAACAGGAUCAACAUGAAGACGUCGACGAUGAGCUUUUAUUGGAAAAAAUCAUGAAUGAGGUUUACACGUACCGUCAAGAUUGUGAUGUCGAUCAACGCUCGACUGACCAUGGCAAUCCCUCCCCAGAGCAGGCCGCCGCCAGUAAUUCACAAUCGCUCAUCCCCCUCAUAAACGAAGAAGAGCCGUGGCUGACAAUCAGGACAGCAGGGGGUUGCUCAACCCCAUUUUCCCGCCUUCACUACGUUUGGCUCAAAGUCGAUCGAUACGCUCGUGAGGAAACUGGCUCAACGCAAUUCAACUCAUCGGGGGAUGGCCAUUUGUGGAGCUUCGGGAGGCUAGGAGCUCCCCCGAAGCAAAUAGAUAUGCGCGCUUGGGCUGCUGCGUGCAAAGAAGCGGACACCAAUUUUCGAGACGCCGUCCUUUCUCUGGCAAUGUCGGAUGCUGACUUCCUUGAGAAUUCCAUGAGGUUGAUGCGCAAAAUCAAGGAUGAGGGGAUCAGACUUGCACCCCAUCGACAAGUCCAAAACCUCAGGUGGAUGGGCCCCGUACAAAGUCAGCUGAGGAAGUUGGUUUUUGACCAUAUAUCUGCGAAAGAGGGCGAAAUCCAAGUCGACCUUCGUCAAGCCAACUGUUGGUUGGAGCAAGAGCAAAUGGCCCUUGACUCCCUGGCAAAUAUCCUCGUCCUCUCCACCGGUGUUAGCUUCCGUGGGUGGCAGUUAUCGUCCGUUCGCUUUGAUUGUUCGGAAUCGAUGGACCGAAAUGUCUGGAUUGUGGACAACACCUUCAUUGCUACCCACCCCAAGGCAAAACAGCGCAACAGAGAAUUUGCACCCACGCUAGUUGCCUUUCCCAAGAAGUUGUUCUCAUACAUCGCGGUUUACCUCUACUUCAUCCGGCCAGUUGCAUGCGACGUCUUAAAAGCCCUUAAUCGCGAUUUUUCUUAUCAUUCAAGCAUUCUCUGGGCCCAUUCCGUACCUUUGAAAGGGGGUGUUUUGAGAGCAUGGAGUGGACGUGACGUGGCGUUAUGCACAGGAAGGCUAACGAAGAAGCUCACUGGCCUUGCGAUAACUCCUUUACUUGCCCGUCAAGUUUCUCAGGCCAUCUUCCGGGACAAAUUCCCCCAACUAUUUUCGGAUGUCCCUACUGCGCUCAACGAACUCUACCUAUAUGGAAAUCACUGCGGAUUCCCCAGCUGGCCGGACCUCCCCACUGAGGCUGCGGUCAAGCUCCUCGCUGUUAGUCAGAUAUGGCAGGCAAUGUUAGAGGUUGAACCUGUUUCUUCCUUAUGGAUGCCACUGGUGGAAGGUUCCGGCAUCUUUCCAUCGGAGAGGAAGGAGAAUUGGGAGGCAGCGUUCCUGACUGCGUACAGGCUUCUCAGAGAGACGCGUACUGUCGCUCUUUCUUCGCCAUCAGAGGUAUUUGAAAAUAAAGUUAAUCGUACGCGCAUACUUGCACCUGUAGUUGGACAGGUCUUGUUUGGACUCAAUUCAAGCAGAGUUGAGAUCGACCUGCCGUUGUGGGGCCUACACGCUGAGACUGUCGCCAGGGGCAUCCAUAUAAUUGCAUUCGCCGGUGCCAAUGAAUCCUUUCCUAUAUCUUCGAAUUUGACCCAGGCCUUGGGUGCCUUCGAUACGGAGAGGAUCUACGACGAAGCGUUGGCGUUUCUGCAAGGCUUCAAGCGUCAGUCCGUCGACGACUGGGACAAUUUUAGCCAAGAAGUCUAUGAUUUGCAUCGAAGUCCUACUCUUUUCACCGUGAGUAGACAGGAAAAAGAGUCCAUUGCUAGCAUGUUAUCGCACAUCGCAGCAAGAAGGGGCAAUUAA